UCAGAUCCGCUUCGGAUCAUUUCACUCCAGUCCAGAGGAACCGGACCCGAGACCCUGAACACUGUCACGCGUGGGGAGCUAUACUGCUAACCCCUUCUGAUCUGAUCUUUGGAGCUUUCGCUCAAUUUUAACGUGAACGCAGAUAUGUUUUUAAUGAAGGCGGUGUUUGUGGUUGUUAUUUUUUGAAAUAUUGCUCCUGAAACCUGUAAGAUCACGCGCGUCUAAAGAUUGAUUUUUCUUGAGAAAAACAUCGAUUCAUUUACAACGAUGCUCGUGGAUUUUUAUGUCACGAAUAUUUUAGGAUAUAUAAAUCCAGGCAUGACAGCGAAGUUAUCGGUAAGAGAGCCGUUAAUAAUAAAGGUGAAUGUUUGAAAAUUAAUUUGUCAGCAAUACAUAUCAGUUUAUGGAUAGUCUUCCAUUUUAAAAUGAUUCCCGUAAAUACUUACACAGUCUAAUACAUUAAUCAGUUUUUGAAUGCGUUUUUACAUUGCGAUUGAUUAUAGUACUAUGUUAGAUCUGUGUUAACCCCUAAGACUGAGAAUCAUGAUGGCAAAACAUUGUCCUAAUGAUGACCUAAGUAAGAUCUCUGAUGAUGAACUGGUCAGAUGGAGCAAAGAGGACUUGAUCAAGAGACUGAGAAGGACUGACAGUGAGAAAAUGAACGUAAUGCUGGAACAUGGGAACAUGAUGAAGGACAUCAACCGCAGACUGCAGGUGCACCUCCAUGAGAUCCGUAAUCUGAAGGAGAUCAACCAAAAACUGCAGGAUGAUAACCAGGAGCUCAGGGAGCUCUGCUGCUUUCUCGAUGAUGAUCGGCAGAAAGGUAAGAAGCUAUCUCGGGAAUGGCAGCGGUUUGGGAGGCAUACGGCCAGCUCCGUGAUGAAAGAGGUGAGCAGCUAUCAGCAGAAGCUCAAGGAGCUGGAAGGGAACCAGGAAAACAUCCUCCGGGAGAAUGCAGAACUAAAGGAGAUCAUUCUCAUGUUGGAUGAAGACCGGACUGGAGCAGGAUCUAGAAGCUCUAUAGACAGCCAGUCUAGUCUGAGCAACCUGAAUGGAGGUUCGAGCAAUGUCCGAGAUGUUGGCGAUGGGAGCAGUACCUCCAGCGGUGGAAGUGCUGGCAGCCCAGACCAUCAUCAUAAUCACAUACACAAGACUGUAGAAACCAAAAUUGGCACCAUACGACGAUCAAUGGAUGAUCUCUCUGCUCCACAUCAUCACAGGAGCAAUCCCAAUGGACUCAGUGAUGCAUCCUCAAAUUACAUUCGCCAGCUGGAAACCAAGGUCCGGAUUCUAGAGGACAAUAACAACAAACUGCUGUCUCAACCCUGUAGCCGUUAUAGCUUAUCAAAGCUGUCCAUGAAGUGUAAUCCGGGAGACCUGCGAGCCCUGCGGAAGGGCAUGACCCUCUACCACUCCGAAUCACAGCUGUCUUCACUCCCCCAGAGACAGGACGCCCUAAUGAAUGGGACUGGAAGGCUACAGACCAGCGAGUCGUCUCCUUCCACCGGGUUUGUCUCAUCUGUACAGAGACCUGAAGCUGUGGUUCAUGCCAUGAAGGUUCUGGAGGUCCAUGAUAAUCUGGCCAAGCAGCUUGCAGAAGAAAGUGCAGAGGACCUGAAUGAAAAAGAGAAAGCCAUAGUGCGAGAGAUGUGCAAUGUGGUGUGGCGAAAGCUCGGGGACGUGGCAGGAUCAAAGCCGUCCAUCCGACAGCAGCUCUCUGGGAAUCAGUUCAAAGGCCCUCUAUAGCAGCUCUAACACAUGAGGAACAUCUCUCCUUCAGUUCAGCCACCAUAAAGCUCCAGCAGGGCCAAACUGAGAAACUGCUCACAGCUACACAAACACUUCCGUCCACUACCAUCAUCCAUGUCAAAUAAUCCGGUUCCCAACUAUUGCCAUUGAUAUUGGACCACUACACACCAGUUUACAGAUUUAGUGAAUCAGUGAACAUGUAAAGCAAUAAUCUGCAUUGAAAUAACAUUGUUUGGCUACCCAGACAGCAACAUAGUGUUGGCCCAGAUCCGGCCCACAUCUGGCCCGCAUGAAAUCCAUGUGGGCCAGACCUGGGCCGAAACUGCUUGCUGUCUGGGUAUUGAUUAUAUAUUUUCUUUAUUGCGGAAUGGAUCUCAUAUUAAUUUAGGCACCUUUGCUGAGACCUUUUACCAAUUCUGGACUACUACUCCGUUGACAAUUACUCGACGGUCAAUGUAGAUUCAGAGAAGAAACACUAAAAGGACGGUGUCGUUUGGGACAGGACCCAUGAAGUGUUUACGACUGGCAGCUACUCAUGUUCAGUCAGCUUGCCUUUUGUUUAUUACCUCAUAUUUUAGUUUUUACAUAGCAGUGAUGUCAGAAAACUCAUUAUUGUUUCCUUACACCCUUUUAGACAAAGUUAAGUCCAUCAAACUGUGGUUUACUCCUUUCAGAGUCUCCGUGUUCUGGUAUCCUUCCUACAAAAAUGACUCUGAAAGACGUUGUAAAAUAUGUACAAAGCUUUAAAUCCCUUUGUUAUGUUGUCUUUUAAAAAUCUUUUUACUUUUUCUAGUAGCUGUUUUUAAUACGUACCAACUUAACAGUGUAUGGGGUUUCUUAACAGCGCAACACUUUUUGAACAAUGCAACUCAAGACAUGAAAGCAGCUCAAAACAUCCCUAAUCUGAUUGUUCCCUGUUCCCUGUAUUACACAAAAGAAUGGUGGUCACAAAUGAAAUUCAAUGUUUUUGUAUAUUUACGAUGUCAACAUUUGAAACGGUGUGCUGUGCAUGCUAGACAAUCACAACUCUCAGGUCUUGGGAAAUUAUACAUCAUAACAUGACAGAGAAGACUAAUGCACUGGCAGAAAUAAUUGUGCUAGCCAGGCUCUCUGGUUCAACCCUAAUGGGUGACCUACAAGUCUAAAACUAUUCAAGCCCCUUUCUCAAGAUUCAAGGCAAGAACUAACACACAAGCAAUCCUCUACAUGAAUGCAAGUUUCAAGUCAAGUCACCUUUAAACAAAAUACAUUGCGUCAAAGCAACUGAACAACAUUCAUUAGGAAAACAGUGUGUCGAUAAUGCAAAAUGAUAGUUAAAGGCAGUAUGCAAAGCAGUAAAGCAGCUUUGUGUCUCAAAAAGUGGACAAAUCCAUUAAUAUGUCAUACCCCAACUUAAUACUUCAGUCCAUGAAAGAAAACUGCGCCUGUCAAGCAGUUUUAUGAGCAUUUCAGAGUUGUUGCAGGGGAUUCUCUGUCCCUGUCAGCUAUUGCCAUUUGUUUUGGAUGAAAAAUUAUCACAAGCCCUCAUGAAAUCCAUUGGAAUGCCUGUGAUUCUUCAAAAAGCUAUGCAUAUUUCCCACCACUUGCUUGUUUAUUCAUUAUAUAUUUUGGCAAAUUUAAUCAUGCUUUCAGUUAGCAAUAAGAGUCUCACACUUUCAGGACAUUUAACAAAUUUUAUGUUUCAAUUCCAUACAUUUUCCCUCAAAAGUCUGCAGGGCCUGCUAUUCAGCAGGGAACUAUUAUCAAACAUUAAUCUGAAAUAGUGAUCAAGAUCUGGAUAUAGCAAGUGAUGUUCAUCUAAUUUAAAUGCAUGUCAGCAAUAGUUUAAUGUAUGUAUGAGUGUUUUUCCUGCUAUUUUGUCAAAUAAACUGCUGAGUUCAGACUGAGGCAUGCUUAGAAAUGAAAAACUGUGGCUUUGCUCAGAAUGCAAAACUAGCAUACUGAUUAUUGUGCAAUAUAUGCUAAAGAUAGGUAUAUAAAAGAGUACAGAUAUAUUUACAACCAUAGCAUUGUCUUUUGAAAAAGUCAAUAAAUAUUUCAUAUUAAAAUAAAUUGCAGCUAAUUCAGUUCGAUCUUCAUACUGACAAUGGAGGGUCAAGCACACUGCCAUACAAUAUUGUGAAAUAUGUUGUAUACUGCAGUUUCUGAUAAUAGUAUGUUAGUAUGCUAUUCCAAACAUAGCCAAAAGAUGUCAUUGUAAAUGGGUAUAGGAUAAAGAAAGAGUUUUAACAUGAAUAAAUCAGAGGUGUUUUCUCUAAUAAGUAAGAGUGUAUUUGAUUGACUGGCCCACCUGUUACAAACAGAAGUUGUAGUUGUUUAUGAAAGCAGUUGCAAGCAGAUCCUGUACAGAUAAAGUGCCGUUUCUCUUCGGAAGCGGUCUUAACACAAAGCCAUGAUUGUUUUAGGAUGAUUUGAUUUGGCAUGUGCUGCCUCUUUUGUGCAUGGGGGUUUAUUUGGACCCUAUGCACCUACACCCCGUGUUGUUCAUUGUGUAAAACCUCUGAGGUUUAUCCUGUCUUCAGUGUUAAUAAAUGCAAGCAUGUUUGCAGGAGACAUUUUAUGGUAAAGAUGUAAAGAAAAAAGUUGUACAAAGUGAACUAGACGAUUUUGUCAAUAAACAAACUAUUACUUUA